GCGCGGUGGGCGGUGCGCGGGUCGAACUGCGCCCGUGCGCUUUGGACUCCGCGCGCUGCCCUCCGCCGGGCACGGCUCCGCAGCUAUUGCACCUCCUCCCGAGCGGGCUCCCCCGGUGCGGCCGGGGCGAUGUGAUCCGGGCCCCGCGGGCGCGGCCGGUCGCCGCGAUGUGGCUGAAGCCCGAAGAGGUGCUGCUGAAGAACGCGCUGAAGCUCUGGGUGACCCAGAAGAGCAGCUGCUACUUCGUCCUGCAGCGGCGGCGCGGGCACGGCGAGGGAGGCGCUCGCCUCUCGGGUCGCCUGGUCGGCGCUCUGGAUGCCGUGCUGGACUCCAAUGCACGGGUUGCCCCAUUUCGGAUUCUGCUGCAGGUCCCCGGGUCCCAGGUCUACUCUCCCAUCGCAUGUGGUGAGUCACUGAGUGGACCAGACAUAUGCUGGGCUGUCGCCUCUGGGGCAACGUUAGAGGAAAUAAACCAGCACUGGGACUGGCUGGAGCAGAAUCUCCUCCAUACUUUGUCUGUCUUUGACAAUAAAGAUGACAUUGUCAGCUUUGUCAAAGGAAAAGUAAAGGCCCUGAUCGCCGAGGAGACCAGCAGCCGGGUGGCCGAGCAGGAAGAGGAGCCUGAGAAGUUCCGAGAGGCCCUGGUGAAGUUUGCAGCCAGGUUCAACUUCCCCGAGGCCGAGAAGCUGGUCACCUACUACUCCUGCUGCUGUUGGAAGGGCCGGGUGCCACGCCAGGGCUGGCUGUACCUCAGCAUCAACCACCUCUGCUUUUACUCCUUCUUCCUGGGAAAGGAGCUUAAACUUGUCAUCCCUUGGGUUGAUAUCCAGAAAUUGGAAAGAACAUCCAAUGUGUUCCUCACCGACACCAUCCGGAUCACCACGCAGGAUAAGGAGCGAGACUUCUCCAUGUUUCUGAACCUGGACGAAGUGUUCAGGAUCAUGGAGCAGCUGGCGGACGUGACACUCCGGAGGUUGCUGGACAACGAGGUCUUCGACCUGGACCCAGAUCUGCAGGAGCCGAGCCAGAUCACCAAAAGGGACCUGGAGGCGCGGGCACAGAACGAGUUCUUCCGAGCCUUCUUCCGGCUGCCCCGGAAGGAGAAGCUGCGUGCCGUGGUGGACUGCGCCCUCUGGACGCCCUUCAGCCGCUGCCACACCGCGGGCCGGAUGUUCACCUCCAACAGCUAUAUCUGCUUUGCUAGCCGCGAGGACGGCCGCUGCACUGUGGUCCUGCCACUCCGAGAGGUCGUGAGCAUCGAGAAGAUGGAGGACACGAGCCUGCUGCCCAACCCCAUCAUUGUCAGCAUCCGCAGCAAGAUGGCCUUCCAGUUUAUCGAGCUCAGGGACCGGGAGGGCCUGGUGGAGAGCCUGCUGGCGAGACUGAAGCAGGUCCACGCUGACCACCCCGUGCACUACGACUCCUCACCAAGUGACGAUGACAUGACGACACCUGUGUUUUACUCAAGCAUGUGCGGUGACCACAGGUUUGGGGACCUCGAAAUGGUGCCCCCUCAGAGCAGCAAGGAGAGUGAGGAAAAGAGCCUGCUGCCGUGCCCCGUGCCCCUGACCCCCGUCUUCCCUCAGCCGGGCUGCCAGAGCCCUGACUUGCACCUGUCCCGGGAGCAGAUAAAGAUCAGCCUGUGGAAUGACCACUUCUCAGAGUACGGCAGGACUGUGUGCAUGUUCCGCACUGAGAAGAUCCGCAAGCUGGUGGCCAUGGGGAUCCCCGAGGCUCUGCGGGGUCGGCUCUGGCUCCUGUUCUCAGAUGCUGUGACGGACCUCGCAUUGCACCCGGGUUACUACGGGAAGCUGGUGGAGGAGUCGCUGGGGCGGUGCUGCCUGGUGACCGAGGAGAUAGAGCGUGACCUGCACCGAUCCCUGCCCGAGCACCCGGCCUUCCAGAACGAGACGGGCAUUGCCGCCCUCAGGAGGGUGCUCACGGCCUAUGCACACCGAAACCCCCGCAUCGGGUACUGCCAGUCCAUGAACAUCCUGACCUCUGUGCUGCUGCUGUACGCCAAAGAGGAGGAGGCCUUUUGGUUGCUGGUUGCUGUGUGUGAGCGGAUGCUGCCUGAUUACUUCAACCAUCGAGUAAUUGGGGCUCAGGUGGACCAGUCUGUCUUUGAGGAGCUCAUCAAGGAGCACCUCCCGGAGCUGGCAGAGCACAUGAAUGACCUCUCGGCCCUGGCAUCUGUCUCACUCUCGUGGUUCCUGACCCUGUUCCUCAGCAUCAUGCCCCUGGAGAGUGCCGUGAAUGUUAUGGACUGCUUCUUCUACGAUGGGAUCAAAGCCAUCUUCCAGCUGGGGCUGGCUGUGCUGGAAGCCACUGCCGAGGAGCUGUGCAGCAGCAAGGAUGACGGCCAGGCCUUGAUGAUUCUCAGCAGGUUUCUAGAUCACAUUAAGAAUGAAGACAGCCCGGGGCCCUCCAUCAGCAGCCACCAUGCCUUUUUCUCCGAUGACCAGGACCCCUACCCAGUGACUGACAUUGCUGACCUCAUCCGGGACUCCUAUGAGAAAUUUGGGGACCAGUCCGUGGAGCAGAUUGAGCACUUGCGCUGCAAGCACCGGAUCCGGGUCCUCCAGGGACAUGAGGACACCACAAGGCAGAAUGUGCUCCGUGUGGUCAUUCCUGAAGUCUCAGUUUCUCCUGAGGACCUGGAGGAACUCUAUGACUUAUUCAAGCGGGAGCACAUGCUGAGCUGCUACUGGGCGCAGCCUGGGCUGGUGGCCCUGCGCCAUGACCCCAGCAGGCCCUACGCUGAGCAGUACCGCAUUGACGCCCGGCAGUUCACGCGCCUCUUCCUGCUGCUCUCGCCCUGGACCUGCGGGGCCCACACGGAGAUCCUGGCGGAGAGGGCAUUCCGGCUGCUGGAUGACAAUGUGGACCAGCUCCUGGAGUUCCGGGCAUUCGUGUGCUGCCUGGAUAUUAUGUACAAUGGAGAAAUGAAUGAGAAAAUCAAACUGUUGUACAGACUUCAUAUCCCUCCAGCACUUACUGAAAAUGACCGAGACAGCCAGUCACCAUUGAAGAAUCCUCUGCUGUCGACAUCGAGGCCUCUGGUCUUUGGGAAGUCCAAUGGUGAUACAGUUGAUUAUCAGAAGCAGCUGAAGCAGAUGAUCAGAGAUCUAGCUAAAGAGAAAGACAAAACCGAGAAAGAGCUACCCAAAAUGAGCCAGAGAGAAUUUAUCCAAUUCUGUAAGACCCUGUACAGCAUGUUCCAUGAAGAUCCAGAAGAAAACGAGCUGUAUCAAGCCAUCGCUACGGUCACCACUCUGCUGCUGCAGAUUGGGGAGGUGGGCCAGUGGGGCAGCAGCUCAGGCAGUGGCUCCCAGGAGUGUGUGGAGGAGCUGCAGGCCUCUGCUCCCUCUCCUGAGCAGGACUCAGUCUUUGUAGACCCUGGCAAGCCUGCCCAGGACACCCGGCCAUUUCCCGAGGCGGUGGAAGGGGUCUGGACGGUCUCCCUGGAGCACAUCUUAGCAUCACUCCUUACUGAACAGUCCUUAGUGAACUUUUUUGAAAAGCCACUAGACAUUAAGCCCAAACUUGAAAAUGCCAAGAUCAAUCAGUACAACCUCAAAACUCUCGAAAUGAGCAGCCACUUGCACCCUGAACUCAAGCUGAGUAACACAUAGCAAGGCAAGUUUGCUGUUGUGGUGGUGCAGUUUGCCACAGCAGGUGGACCGAGCUGUCAGACCCGAAGCCUGGACUUGUCUAUCCCCACUUUAGAAGCUAGUUAUCUCGAUAAACCAUCCAAAAGCUGGCUAAGAAAAUCCAGUUCCCAAUUAUUUACUCUUUUAAGAGAAUCAUCAGUUGGACAGGCAGUGGUACAGGGUUAUCUGUCAAUUCUUUGACACUGACUUGUGAUUCACUUCCAGCAAAUUUGCAAUGGGUGUUUCUGCUGUGAUGCUGGUAUGAUAGAAUAGACUCCGACACCAUACAAACUGAGGGACAAAACCCCAAGCUCUCAUUUUUCACUUAGAAUGAGAAAGGACAAGAAUCAUGUUCAAGAUCCCAGAGCCACUAUCUGUGCAAUUGUUUUUGGCUGUUUUUGCACUAAUUUUGUUUCAAUGCUGGUAAUUGAAACCAUUUUAAUACUUUUGGUUGUAUUCGCCUUGGAUAUGUCCUUCCAAAAAUGUGUCCAAACUAUGCUUUCAACGUUGGCCUCCACGUUUUUUAAUAAAAUUUUUUUGUAUUGACUCA